UUGGCCGAGAAUGUGUAUACCGAGUUUAGCACUCAGCAAAAUGCCUUCACAGAAAAAGGAUAUUUUUUUACGAAUUUCGUCUUAGUUUUGUGAUUUCGUGUUCAAAAUGCAUUGGGAUUUGGUGAUUCGGUAUCUGCUCUUGGCGUUCCUACCAUUAGGGAGCAUCCUUGGAAAUGAUGCCGCCCUAGAGAGAAUGGUUCGCUCCCUCAGUCAUCGCCAACAGCUCGAGGAAGAAAAACAACGACGACAACAUCAACACACGCAAGGAAUAAUCCACACGAAAUUUCCAUGGAUCGUACAAAACAACUCGCUACCAAAUUACUUCCUAAGUCACAAUAAAGAUGGUGCUAAAUAUUCUGACUCUGUCGUCGUGUUCAUGCAUCAGCCACGUGCGGCAGGAUUGGCGCUGAGGGAAUGCAUGGAGACGAUUGCAUUACAGCGCUCCCUGGCUAUGUCACCAGUACUAACAGACUCGGGGAGGCGCGAUUGGGAAAAUGGCGUCGGAACGGGGAAUGAUGCUUUAAAAAAUCGUGUAGAUAUUCACCGCGGGAACUUUGCAUUUGGAGUUUGCGAUACCGUGACUAAACCGUGUUCGUAUUUUAUCAUGAUGCGUGAGCCCUGGCUGCGUGCGCUGUCAAGUUAUCGUUAUUGUAAGACUGCGCUGGCCGAUGAGUGGUGUUCAGGAGAAAAUGCAAAUAAAAUGUCGCUUCGCGAAUGGAUAGUGCAUCAGGGGAGCGUUUUAUUCCGUCUUCUCAUCUAUAGUUCACAUUUCUGCCACAGUUUAGAUGGUGGUGCUACCAGUACUAAUAAAACCAAUAAUCGCCAUUUACCCUGCUGGUUUGUGCAAAAACAAAGAAUUGCAGAUUUGACGAAUUCGGACAAACACACCAUUUUGGAUUAUGUGCUUGAGAACUUAGAAAAAUGGUUUUCUGUGAUCGGGAUAUAUGAAGAGUUUGAAGACUCGAUAAAAUUAUUCGAAGAAACUCUGACAUGGCCUAUGACGAUGUGUCGCAGUCUUCAGCCGAGGAAAUACUCAUUCAGUUCUCGUGAGAGACGUGAAAACUCUGUGUUGUUUUUGCCAGAGACGGAAGUAGCUUCAUUGAAAGAGGACCCUGCCGUAAAAGCCGCUCUUGAAGCGGACGAGAAAAUUUACAAAAAGGCGAAAAGUAUCUUUUCACGCCAGAGACAAAUAUUGUUUAAUAAAGUUGGUAAGGGUAGAUGAGGUGAGGGCUCUUACAAUACAUGUAUAGGAUGGUUGGGCCCUCUGGGUUAUUUGAAAUUAUGAAAACAUCGCGCCUAUUCUUUACUCUUAAAGAUUAGGGGUAAUCCAUGAUAAUCAACAUUUUCGAAAGAGUAAUUAAAAGUAUGAUGACACUACAAGUUGGCAAAUUUGCUAAGUUUCCUUUGGCAAUAAACUGAUUAUCGCGUUUCCUGCCAACAUUUCGUGGUCAAUGCAUGGUAGUUGAAAUUUUCACAGUGUUUAAGUGAGCAUUCUCGAAACUAAAACACCGGCAGAAAUUUCCUGGUUUACAGUAAUUUGUAGAUAGUGCUGCCAUCUAGGAAUGUGCUUACCGACUACACAGACAUGUUGUUGAAAGAUGUUAUUUGCUGAUAGAAUACCAGUAUUCAUACUGCACAUAAUGCUAUGCAAUAUUAGAGUAAGACUAAAUGGUGUCAGCUAAUAGUUUGUCUAAUAGAGAUUCCUUGGCAUUUACAGCUCUUUGUGUACUGUCUCAGGACAGUACUGCUCACAAUUGACCUAUCUCAUUCAUUGUUACUUGCAGCCCGUGUAGUGUGUUCUGAAAAUUGAGCUUACGUGGAAAGGGCAUUGUUGAAGUAAGGGUAUCAGAUACUCUGGUUUAACCUGGGAGUGAGGUUAAACAUCUCAGAAAUUCUGUAUUUGAAAUGGCAAUCAUCAUCUCCACAGUUUUUUUCCUAGGCAUUGUCAACUCUAUUUGUGUUGGGGCACUGUACAGUAUAGUUGAUAAAACUGUUUCAAGUUUGUAGAUAAAUGUUAAAUAUAAAUAAUA